CUUCUAAAAUAAUAAAGUCAAACUCCCUGGCGUUCAUCCACACAAUCUCUCAAAAGUCAACGCUUUCCGGUGGCUCCUCCUACUGGCACACACGUAUCCGUUGACAGGAGGAGAAAGGUAACACUUUCCUUCACAAAAUGGAUGAUGAAUGGGAUUUGCAUGCGGUGGUUAGGAGCUACACCACCAUCCCCACCGAUGCCACCACUGCCGCCUCCGGUACAAACACAACCACCAGCGAUGAUGGUUUUGAUAUGGUGGAAACUGUAGCAUCUGGAAAUGAAAUAUACCAGUUUUCAUACUCAAAUACCGGCGAGAACCCAUCGGAGGGAUUAGAGGAAGUAUACAAAGAAGGGUGUUCUCAGCGGCUGAGCACCAUGGCCACCGCCGUUGUUUCUGGUGAUGAUGAACAACUGCCGGUGUUUGAUGGCUCAUGUGACUCGUUUUCCAGUGAGACUCCAAGUAGAAAAAGGAAAAACCAGCAGAAGAAGGUGGUGGUUGAACUGACACAAGAGGAGUUAUGUAGUGAUACAUGGGCAUGGAGGAAAUAUGGUCAAAAACCCAUCAAAGGCUCCCCCUUUCCAAGAAAUUAUUACAAGUGUAGCACAACGAAAGCUUGCGGGGCAAGGAAGCAAGUGGAACAGAGCCACGUGGACCCCACCGUUUUUAUAGUUUCAUACUCAGGAGAGCACAUGCACCCUCGACCCACCCACCGGAGCCCUCUCGCCGGCAGCACUAGGAGUAAUAAGUCCACUAUGGCCCACCUACCACCACCCAUCUCCGAUGACUGUCCUUGAUACAUUUUCCUCUUGAAUUCACUUAACUUAUAGUGAUAGUAUAGUCAAUACUCAAUAGUGUGAGGGUGAAAAUGAGGUUAACGAUAAUGGACUCUAAUUUUUUGUAAUCCCUUCGUUUACAUGGAAUGUGGAAUCUUUGUGGCAAAAGGAAUGUUGAAUGGUUGCCUCUCUUGUGGCAUUAUUUUUAACUCAAUUCUUUCAAAGAAUAAGGAAUCAUAUGGCAGAAACGAAUGUUAAGUUUGAGAUAUGUUCGGAAAAGGACUUGCGAACAAAAAAAUCGGACGUGG